AGUCACAGGGAUCGUUGAUUCGGGUGCGGGAUUUGGCCUAGAGGAGUCAUCCACAGAUCGCUGUCGUCGAGUCCGGAGACGCUGCAGAGCGUGCUCGACAUUCGCGAUUCGCAGGCCCUGCUUGAACGGAUGGGACUGUUCUGUUCGACUGCCGCGCUGGCACUGGCACUGGCACUGGCACUGGCAUGCUCACCAGCCGAUGAAGCAUUCCUACUCAUCCGCCAGGAAAGCAAAGGCUCUCCGAUCACGCCAUCGCCGUCACGACCUCAACGAUCUGUCAGCGCUGUUGGACACGAAUGCUUGCAAAUUCCACAUCCAUGCAAACUCGCAUGGCCCAGCAGCGUUCGUCGUUUGUGGCCUGAGGACACCAAAGUGCGUUGUCACUUCGCCAAAUGCAUCUCUGUGGCCCAACAACACCAAUGGACGUCCUCUUCAACUAUUUUGGAUGCCUUGCGUCGCGCUCGGUGCUGUUGGGCCACAAUCGCAAGACUUGCUCUGCUCUACGUGGGUUUUGCCAGGCACAUCGUCUGCUCGGACAAUGCAUGCGCGCGUCGUGCUGGAUCCACCGGUGACGUGGGCCACAGGUCCAACGCGUCUGGCAUGCGGACCACAUAAAGAGAUACUCAACUUGUAUUCGCGUCCGGACGCUGAUGGAGGAGCGGAGGCAUCGCGCGAAAGAGCGACACAUUCGCGUGGAGCGUGUCCCAAUAAAAGACUACUAAACACAAAAUGCCGUCCGGCGUGCAUCCAGGAAACGGGGGAUGCAUUCAGGAAACGGGGGAUGGCAGCGCGCUGGGCACACCGGUCUGCGCGCCAGUCGCCAGAACACUGGUCAGCUGCUACACUUGAGACUGUACGCGCACACCCAAGCAUGUUUGGCGUGCGAUUAGGAGGGCGCUCUCGCCUAUAAAUAGGGCCUUUUUUCGCCUCUCCCUCUUUCCAACUUUUUUCCUCAUCCUCAUCAUCCCUCCCAACUCGUUCCACUCACGACAACUCAAGUAUUGGUGA